AUGCCCGGCUCGGCAAGAAGUUUGGAGUGCGUGAGAUGCAAUAGUUACAUUGAUGUUGAAAACUCGCAUUGUUGGUCUCCAAAUCAUGACCUUCUCGUUUCUUGUCCGGAUCGACUUGAUGGGACAAAACCGAUGUGCUUGACGGAAAUCAGAGUAAUGAGAACACGAAAGAAUCUUGAGCUCGUCGAUUUGAGAAGAGAGUGUUACUAUGGAUUUGAGCCGGAAGUUUCGAUUGUCAGGCAGGAUAUUUGCAGGGAAAAUUUCUGCAAUACAUUUUCUUUGCCAAAAAAAUCUGAAGAUAUGUUCUCAGUGGAAAUGUCUUAUGAAUCGCAAAAGCGGCAAAAAGAACCGCUUUCUUGCAUCUCGUGUUCGGGAAAAGAUACUUGCUUGAAUCCAACUUUGAGAAUGAGAACAAGCUCAACUGAAAAUUGCGAAGCCUACUACGACUGGCCAGGUUGUUUUCUGGAAUCAUGGAUGAACGAUGACGGAGAACUUUCUUCAAUAAGACGGGGCUGCUACGAUUUCUCCCAAAAACCCGGCGAAUCUUUCACAGAAUUUAUUCAGACAAAGACUUGCGAUGAAAACAAGUGUAACAACGAUCAACCGGAUUUCAAGAAAAAGUUUUCGACUGAUUUUGAAGGAAGUGGAGAUGACGAUCAAAAUGACGAUGAAGAAAUCGACGACACAUUUUUUGACGGGAUCUUUUCGACGAUUCAUUCGACAGAAAAGGACUUGGAUGAUUCAAUCACAACUGUAGUCACUAUUGGAACGGAAAAGUAUGAGACAGCAUCUGGCGAUGGCGAGGAAGACUAUUUCUCAGGAAGUGGGGAUGGAGAAGAAAAAGACUCGGUUUUUAUCCCAGAGAUCAUCAGUGUAGCUCAACAGUGGACAGAGAAAACACAGAAAACAACAACAGUAACUGUUGCUUCAACAGAAGUCUUCGAACCCGAGAUUGUUGAUCCAAAGAAGAACAUAAAAGAUGAAAAGGGACCAAAACCAAGCCCAGCUGAAGAGAUAACCGUUUACAUUGGAUAUGGAGAGCCGGUUUCUGAAGAAAUUACAAGCAAGAAAACAUCGGCUGCGAGUCGACUUGGCAUACCUUCUGUACUUUUUGUUGCUAGCAUGUUUCUUUUGUAG